AUGGACAGGGAACAAGAGAGGGACCGCUCCGACAGGCUGCGGAACAGACUAUCCGGCGCCGGGGGUAUGGUGCCCGCCAGGCCUGCACACCCCUCGCGUCGGCGGAGCGGGAGCCUAGACGAGACCGCGUCCCAGGUAUCGCUGUCCUCCAAUGCGCCCACCAUCGGCUCCGGAUCUCACCUGAGCUCGUCUCGCGUCGCCAGGACCGGCCGCAGCCGUCGGCCAAAGGUGACAUUCCCUACCACCACCACCACCACCAGCAGCCACCACCACCACUCAACCGGCUCGGUCAGCGACAGCACUACCGACUUCUUGAGGCAGAGGACCGAGCGACGGUCGCUCAGGUCGGCCAUGAAGACGCCUCCUCUCCCGGCGGACUCGACGACCACCGGGCCGUCGUUCGCCUCGCUGUCCGACUCGCAGGAGUCGUCUCGGCGGCCCGUCCGCCCGCGUAGGCUGUCCUUCAAGGAGCCAUCGACCACGACCCAGGCCAAGCGCCGCUCCAUGCCGACGGACGCCUGGGCCGAGAGGUUCCUCCCGCAGGUGACCAACGCCAACGCGCUCAUGCGUCGGGAGCCACUCGCCCGCCACGACUCGUUCGAGUCCGAGACCGACUACACCGACUCCGAGCUGUCCGACGACACGCACGCUACCACCGUCAUGUCCGACGCCACCGUCGGGAGUCCCAAGGUGCACAAGAGGUCGACCACCACCAUGCCCGUCGUCGUCCAGAGCAGCAGCAGCAGCAUCCGCCAGGCACCCCCGACCUCGGCGCACUCGGUCAGCACCGCCCCGGCCGCCACCAAGCCUCCCGGGCGCACGCUGACCAUCGAGGUGCACCCGGCGCGGGAGACGGAGGAGGAGGUCCGCAAGCGCGAGGAGGAGAAGCGCCGCCGGGAGCGGAUCGAGGCGGACCUCCGCGACAAGAUCGCCGGGCUGGAGAAGCGCAUGCAGGCCGAGGCCGAGGACAACGCCCGCCAGCAGCAGCAGGUGCAGCGCCAGAUCGCCAGCGUGGCCGCCAAGCAGAAGGAGCGCCAGGCCCCCGUCUCAGCCCCGGCCACCCCGGGGCCGCCGCCGCCGCCGCCGCCUCCGCCCUCCAGACAGCCUCCCGUGCCGCCGCCCAUGAGCCGCCUGUCGCCGGGCCGCAGCGAGUCCACCCCCGCCUCUCCCCAGCUCAACGCCCAGGCCAGGCCGUUCCAGCCGUCCCCCAGGCCGCUGUCGAUGACCGCCAUGGCCCCCGUCGUGCCGCCCAUGACCCACCUCCCGCAGAUGCCCACCCUGGACGUGAUCCCGCCGUUCCUCCAGCCGGCGGUUGCCACCAUCCCGGUGCCGCCCCCGCACCCCAUGCCCAUGGUCAAGCAUCCGGCCGCGGCCGAGGCCACGGUCCAGCAACAGCAGCAGCAGCAGCAGCAGCAGCAGCAGCAGCAGCAGCUAGACGCGCAGGCGGCGCAGGUGGCGUCGCUCCGGGCGGCGCUCGCGGCGGCCGAGGCGGAGCGCGACGAGAACAAGAGCGGCAUGGCGACGCUGGCGGAGCAGUGCCAGACGCUCGAGGCCGAGGUGCGCACGGUACGGGCGGCGCGGUCGCAGUCCGAGGAGGUGACCAUCGCCAAGCUGGCGGCGUGCGAGCUGGUGCGCGACGUGCUGCGCAUCAAGGUCGAGGGCUUCGAGAGCGAGGUCAAGACCAAGGCCAUGGUCAUCGAGGACCUGUCGACCGAGCGCGACAGGCUGGCCGUCGCGCUCGAGUCGUCGGCCGCCGAGGUCGCCGUCCUGUCCGAGAGGUCGAGGAUGCUCGACGAGGAUCGCGAGAGGGCCCACGCCGACAUGCUCGCCCUCAAGGAGGAGCUGGUCAACGCCCGCGCCGCCGCCGACGCUCUCGAGAAGGACAAGGCCGAGCUCGAGGCCAAGGCGCUCGGCCUGCGCGCGCAUCUGGACACGGCGCAGGCAAAGGUCGCCGAGCUGGAGGGCGUCGUCAAGGACAAGGAGGACUGCAUCGAGCAGCUGAAGAAGGACGGCGAAGACGUCAAGGCGAGCAACGACGAGCUCAAGAAGCAAGUAGAGCAGCUCACCUCGGCUGGUGCCAGCAGGGACCGGGAGCUGGUCGACGUGACCGCCAAGCUGGCCGAAGCAGAGGCGACACUGGCGGCAUCGCAGUCCAGCCUCGCCACCCUCGAGACCAAGCUCGCAACGACAACCGAAGAAAAGACAAAGGAGAUCUCGGACCUGCAGGAGAAGCUAGCAGCAGCCGAGACGGCGGCCGCGACAGCCAUGGCCACGGCGGCGGCAGAAAAAGAAGCGGCAGCAACAGCGGCGGCGGCCGCGGCGUCCGAGAGAGAAGCCGAGAUGGCCAGGCUCAACGAGAAGCUCAGCGCGGCCGAGGCGGAGACGGCCAAAGCGCAGGCCGAGCUCAAAGAAGUGCAAGGCAAGACGCCCGAGGACUACUACGCGGCGGCGAGCAAGGAAAAAGACGAGCUGGCGAGCAGGGUCGCGGCGCUGCAGGCCGAGGUGGAGAGCCGCACGGCCGAGGCCAACGACAUGGUGACGACGUUCGCGACGGAGAAGGCGGCGCUCGAGGCGGACAAGGCGGCGGUGGAGGCGGAGCGGGGCGAGAUCGAGGAGGCGCGGGCGGCGGCGGCGGCCGAGGCGGCGAGGCUGUCGCUGCACGUGGCGCAGCUCAAGGCCAAGGUCGAGGCGUCCAAGAACAAGAAGACGGUGCCGACCACGGCCGCGGCGUCGGCGGCCGCGGCCGUCAAGAGCACAAAGACGGUCAAGACCAAGGCCGACUUUUUCUUCGUCAGGACCUCGCAGGACAGGGGCAGGAUGCAGGUCGUCAAGAAGAGCGAGCUCAAGAGCUCGAGGAGUUCGAGCCGGACACCUAGUGCCAAGGAUGAGUAG